AUGCAAAGUCUUAUAAUAACAGACGAAAAUGAAGCUAACUUUCUUGGUCAAGUUAGUCUUGAUAUUAAAUCAUUAGUUACAUUUGAACGUGAACAAUGGUUUCCUUUAACUGGAUCGAACCAAAAUCUUUCAAAUGAUAAUAAGCCACGACGUGAAAUUCUACUUCGAUUGCAAGAUAAUACAAAUAAAAACAGUCAUCAAUAUGGAUCAAAUAGUAGUGUAUUACAAUUUUGUGGUCGUCAUUCAUCAUCAACAUCAGCUCUUGAUCAAAUAAAUUCAUCAACUAUAGCUCAUCCAAUAAUUCCUCAGAAAAAUUCUCUUCUAUUACCAAUGCCAGCUUUUUCUUAUCCAAAAUCACCCAAUAUUGUUAACAGAAACUUCAGUCAAAGUGUUUCAUGUAUAACACCAGUUGCUAAUUCAGAUUUUCCAUCAUUAGUUGAAGAAUAUCAUAAACUAACUCGUAUUGUUAUACGACAUGAAUUAGAAGAUGCAAGAGAAACAAAGAAAAACAAUGAGUUAAAUGAUUCAGUUAUUGAUUGGAAUAGAUCAUUAAAUAAUCUAUCUUAUAGUGUUCUCAAACCAUUUCAUAUUUUAUACAAUAUUUCAGUUCUGUCAGAAGCAUUUAUACAGUUCCUUGUUAUCAUAGAGCUUCGAUAUUCAGAAGAUUAUGGAUUAUUUAAAAGUCAAGUUGUUAUUGAAAAGUAUUUGAGCACACUUAUGAAACACAUGCCACCAAGAACUGAUAUUGAUGAUUCGGAUUUGACUGAUUAUGAAAGAACAGUAUUUGAAGGAAUUUUUUCUUUAUUUAUUGGUCACUAUAAAAAACGCGUAUGUAGUAAAGUACCAUGGUUUUUACCUUUGCCAGAAAAUUUAUCAAGUAUUCAAAGAAUACUCAACACAAUUUGUACUUUAUUUCAAUUAAAAAUUUGCUCAAAUGAAUCAACAACCAAAAUACUUCUUGAAGAAACAAUCAAAACUCGUCUACAAACGGAUAUCAAUGAUUCGUUUAGUGUUCAUUCACUUGUAUUUCAGGACAGAAACGAUAUACAAUUAAAUACUGUUCGAGAAUUUUUUGAAUUCGUUGAAAAAUUAGCUGAAUCCAUGUCAAUUAUAACAGAAUAUCAGAAACUCUUUGCAUCCUUCAAUGUUAAUUAUAUAAAAACAUGUUUUUUUGAACAAAAUAGUGCUGGCCAUCGUGUAACUGAAGUAACAAAACGUAUAUUAAAAAAUAUGAUAGACUAUUUUCAAAAGUAUGCAAAACCGAUGGUGAAAGCAACAUCAUCAAUAUAUGAUCCGAAUUUAAUUCAAAGUUCAAGUGUACUUUUAAAAUUAUUUUUAUGCCUAAAAAGAAUUAUUACAGCAUUUCGAGAUACUCUUGAAACACGACUUCUUUCAUCAUUACCAGACGUAUUAUGCUUCUCGUCUGUUAUUGAUAAAAUGAUUGAAAGAUAUGAAUCAGCAGAUUUUCAACAAACAAAAGUAACACUUGAACGUCUAAUAAGUACAGCCGAAAACGAAAUGAAUGAUGUCAUUAAAGUUAUAUUUGAACGUUUUGCAACAUUAUUUUAUGUAUCUUUGAAAGAGAAAAUUUCCAAAUACUAUGAAGAUGAAGAACAUAAAAAAAGUCAAUAUAUAUGUGAAUAUCUUGACCAAGAAAUUCUUCCUAAACUGUAUGGUGGUCUCGAAAGAGUUCAUUAUUUGCGUGUUGCUUGUACUAUACGUAUAAAAGCAUUACAAUGUUUCAGAGAAUUAUUACCAUUACAAGAAUCACCAGAUUUUUAUGGACAUGUUUUACAAUUAUUUGAUCAUUUGACUGCAUACUUUGAAAUUGUAUGUCGUGAAGAACAACAUAUACCUGAACAAUUACAAUUACUUUAUUUUCAAGAAAUAACUCAAACACGUCCUCCUGAUACAUAUUCAACAAAUAAUGGUAUAAUUGUAUUUCGUGCUGUAUAUGAAGUCGUGAGUGAUCUUAUUUCUAUUUAUGUUCAACGUAUCUUGAAUUUGAGUCAGUUAUUUCAAUGGGAUCAUCAUCCACUGAAUAUUGUACAUACAUCGGGUGCUGUUUUACGUCUUAGUGUUUGGGAUGAAGAUAUGGUAAAAGACGAUCAUUUUAUUGGGGAAUGCUUCGUACCAUUGAUGAUUGUUGAAUCAUUAAAAAAUCGUGCAUCAAUACGUGAUAUUCCUGUAUCAGUAGUACGUUUGAGAAAGCCAAAUAAAAAUGCUCAACCAAGAGUAUAUGAAUCAAUUCGAAAUCGUGCAAAAAUUGAUCAAGAAGCAGCUAUAUUUAUUAAACAACGUACUUGUGCAAUGGAAUCAGAAGACGGAAGCCAUGAUCGAGCUACGCUACCGUAA